CGCCCCGCCUCCGGCGCGGCUAAUGACUGGAGAACUGAGGUAGAAGCUCGCAGAUGGACCUGGUAGUCGGCCUGCAAGCAGCAUGGAAGCGCCCUGGGGGAUCAGCAACGCUGAGCGAAGCUGGUACGUCUCUGCCCAGCGGUCUGAAGCGGCGGAGGCGGAAGAGUUGAGCCCGUUGCUAAGCAACGAACUUUACAGACAGGGAUCCCCAGGUGUUUCAUUUGGUUUUUCUGUGUUUAAUUUGACAAAUGCCAUCAUGGGAAGUGGCAUCCUUGGCUUAGCUUAUGUUAUGGCUCAUACUGGCAUCCUUGGAUUUAGUAUCUUGCUGCUGAUAGUUGCUCUCCUGGCUUCUUACUCAGUUCACCUCCUGCUAAGUAUGUGUAUUCAGACAGCUGUGACAUCUUACGAAGAUCUUGGACUCUUUGCAUUUGGAUUACCUGGAAAGAUGGUGGUAGCAGGCACCAUCAUAAUUCAGAGUAUUGGAGCUAUGUCAUCUUAUCUUUUAAUUAUUAAAACAGAGCUUCCUGCUGCUAUUGCAGAAUUUUUGUCAGGCGACCAUACUGGGUCUUGGUAUCUUGAUGGACAAACACUACUAAUAGUCAUCUGUGUUGGCAUUGUGUUCCCUCUUGCACUUCUUCCUAAAAUAGGCUUUCUUGGCUACACAAGUAGUUUAUCAUUUUCCUUUAUGGUGUUCUUUGCUGUUGUGAUAAUAAUUAAAAAGUGGUCCAUUCCUUGUCCUCUGCCAUUAAAUUAUAUAGAGCAAUACUUCCAGAUUUCAAACGCUACAGAUGAUUGUAAACCAAAGCUCUUUCAUUUCUCCAAAGAGAGUGCUUAUGCCAUACCUACCAUGGCUUUUUCAUUUCUCUGCCAUACCUCAAUAUUGCCCAUAUACUGUGAACUUCAAAGCCCUUCAAAGAAAAGAAUGCAGAAUGCAACCAAUACAGCAAUUGCUUUAAGUUUUCUCAUUUAUUUUAUAUCUGCACUCUUUGGGUACCUCACAUUUUAUGACAAAGUGGCGUCAGAACUACUGCAAGGUUAUAGCAAGUACUUGCCACAUGAUGUUGUUGUCAUGGCUGUGAAGUUGUGCAUACUAUUGGCUGUGCUUUUGACAGUCCCUCUAAUCCACUUCCCUGCAAGAAAAGCUUUAAUGAUGAUAUUUUUCUCCAAUUUUCCAUUCUCGUGGAUUCGCCAUUCUUUGAUCACUCUAGCACUCAAUGUUAUUAUUGUUUUACUUGCAAUAUAUGUUCCUGACAUUAGGAAUGUAUUUGGUGUGGUUGGUGCCAGUACAUCAACAUGUUUGAUUUUUGUAUUCCCAGGAGUAUUUUAUCUUAAGCUUAGCAGAGAGGAUUUUCUCUCAUGGAAAAAACUUGGGGCUUUUGUUUUGCUCAUCUUUGGAAUUUUGGUUGGGAAUUUCAGUUUAGCACUCAUCAUUUUUAAUUGGAUUACUAAAUGAAAGAAGUAUUUUCCCACUUCUUAUGAAGAAUAAUUUACCUCUAUAUGCAAAAAGGAAUAAUUCUGGGAAGCACCUUAGAUAAAUCCUUUUUAUAUGGGUAAACAUUUUUAUAAAUGUUAUUAACUGAAGAGCAGAACAAAAUGGGAGUAGGUAGGGGAAAGUGGGUUUAUAGCAGUUUUAAUUAAAAUAAAAUUCAAAAUGCUCUUCGA